AAAACACACCGCAGCUCCACUCAUAUUGGCGCUGUGCAUACAGGAGGUGCAGUUUUUGGUGUUUUUUCAGACAAUGUUUCAAAAAUACUGUAGUAAGUCAUCCAUCGGAGCGCAUUGCACUGCCAUCUGUUGGUGAGAAUACAGAAUCUGUUUUGGAGCGAGUGCGCAUGCGCCCAACAAGGGCUAUCCGGGCGUUGGAAGAAGUCAUUGAUUCCUUCACAUAUUGUCGUUAAUUUCAGGUACCAAUACAGGAUACAAAUAUACAACGUACGUAAAGGAUCAAAUGUUACGCGCGUUUCAAAAGAAUGUUUCAUCACGUUUUGUGUCCCUAAACGGACGACCUGUCCCUUUAAAUGGUAGUCGUUCCCCAUUGCGCAUGCGGAUUUCGUGUUUAGCUUUCUCCAACCUGAGGAGCCGACUAUGGACGCGUCGGCUGCCAGUUCUUGUUUUGUUUAGACAGCAACAACGCCGAUUUGCCAUCUUGGAUUAAAAUAACCCACCCCACCGCGAAAGUCAGGUCGCCGUUCGGACGCGUGGCGCGAGUGGGCCCAAACGAGCGCUUCAAGUGCUCCCUAACCCCGCUUCCACUGUUCCAGUCGGGGAGAGGACAGCCUCAUCCUCCUCCUCCUCCUCCUCCUUUCCUCCUCCUCCCCGAUCUCCACAUCCAUGUUGGCGGCCGCAGCCCUCGCGCUGGUUCCGGGGGUUCCGAGCCUUUGUUCUGGCGUGGACGGCGUCCGGCUCCGUUGCCGCGGCUUGUGGAAGGACUCGCGGCGUGGCACGACACCCCGUGGCCUGUCUUGAGGAUAGUUGACGCGUUAAAAAUGGCUGCGAUUUGAAAGACGGGGGAGAGAGAGCGAGGAGGAAAAAGAGAGCGGUCAUGAAUCAAUGCUGGGACGCUGCGCAGAAGCUAAACGGGCUAACAGAUGAUGCGUUAGCUCUCCGCUAAACGAGCCUUUCAACCCGCUCGCAUCCCCCGUUUGACUCGUUUGGAAUUCCUACCUGACUCCGGAAUCCAGAAAGCGGCGAUUUCCCCCCACGUUUUGCAUGCAGUCCCCAUUUAAAUAUGCAGAACUUUUUUAGUCCCACUUGAAACACCGUUGCAAAUUUUCCCCAAAAUGGAUCCAGCCGGGAGAUGUUCGGAUCAACGAACCCGUGGAAGAUACUUGGUGGCGGUGUGGGUUCUGGUCCACUUGGUCGUGUUCGCCCACUCUUCGCCGCCCAAAGCCUGUGACAAGUCGUGUCUGUCCGGGAAAUGUCUCAACGGGUCGUGCGUGUGCGAGCCGGGAUGGGUCGGAGACCAGUGCCAGCAUUGCCAGGGCCGGUUCAAGUUGACCGAGCCCUCGGGCUUCCUGACGGACGGUCCGAUCAACUACAAGUACAAAACAAAAUGCACCUGGCUUAUCGAGGGCUACCCGAACGCCGUGCUCCGCUUACGCUUCAACCACUUUGCUACGGAAUGUAGCUGGGACCACAUGUACAUUUACGACGGAGACUCCGUGUACGCUCCUCUCAUUGCUGUUUUCAGCGGCCUCAUUGUACCGGAGGUGUUGGGAAACGAGACCAUCCCCGAAGUGGAGACGAUGUCGGGCUAUGCGCUGCUGCACUUCUUCAGCGACGCCGCCUACAACCUGACAGGAUUUGAAAUAUUCUACUCGAUCAACUCGUGUCCCAGCAACUGCUCGGGCCACGGGAAGUGCACGCCGGGCAACUCGGCGGCCAGCCGCGUGUACUGCGAGUGCGACAAGUACUGGAAGGGGGAAGCUUGCGACAUCCCGUACUGUCGCAACAACUGCGGAAGCCCCGACCGCGGCUACUGCGACCUCACCGGCGAGAAGCUGUGCGUUUGCAACGACAGCUGGCAAGGCCCAGACUGCUCCCUCAGCGUGCCGUCCGCCGAGUCGUUCUGGGUGUUGCCCAGCGUCAAGCCCUUCGGCACCUCGCUGGGCCGGGCCUCCCACAAGGUCGUGGUGCAGGAUAAGGUCAUGUGGGUGGUGGGCGGCUACACCUUCAACGUCACCUCGUUGCAGAUGAUCCUCAACUACAACCUGGAGAGCGGCAUUUGGAACACGGUGCCCAUCAACAGCGGGCCCACGCCCAGAUACAGCCACUCGCUCGCCUCCUACCAGGAGGACAUCUUCAUGUUCGGCGGGAAGCUGGAGUCCGGCUGGGCCAACGUGACCGACGAGCUGUGGGCGUUCAACAUUCCCGCUCGCACCUGGCAGCGGAAGAACCCCGUGGCGGGCUCGCCCGCCCAGGUGCAGCUGUACGCGGUGGAAGGUCACACGGCGCAUUGCGUCGUCCUGGAAAGCGGCGAGGCGGUCAUGCUCGUCAUCUUCGGCCACUCGCCCCUGUACAGCUACAUCAGCAAAGUUCAGGAGUAUCAUCUGAGAACCAACACCUGGAUGGUGCCAGAGACCAAAGGUGCCAUUCCGCAGGGAGGCUACGGCCACACCAGCGCCUACGAUCAAGCCGGCGGCAGCGUUUACGUCCACGGAGGCUACAAGGCGCUGCCGGCGAGCAAAUUUGGCCUGGUGGACGACCUCUAUCGCUAUGAUGUCAACACGCGCACGUGGUUCAUCCUGCGAGAAAGCGGUAUCCCCCGCUACCUCCACUCCGCCGUGCUCCUCAGCGGCACCCUGCUGAUCUUCGGCGGCAACACGCACAAUGACACGUCACUAAGCAGCGGCGCCAAGUGCUUCUCGGCGGACUUCCUGGCGUACGACAUCGCGUGCGACGAGUGGAGUGUCCUGCCCAAGCCCGACCUGCACAGGGACGUCAACCGCUUCGGGCACUCGGCCGUGGUCAGCAACGGGUCCAUGUUCGUGUUCGGCGGCUUCUCCGGCGUCCUCCUCAACGACGUGCUCAUGUAUCGGCCGCCCAGCUGCCGGGCUUUCUCCACGGAGGAGCGGUGCGCCAAGGCCGGCCCGGGGGUGCGCUGCGUCUGGAGCGGAGGCCGCUGCCUGCCCUGGGAAGCCGGCCUCAGCACGGGCAGCGUCAGCCCUGCCCCUUUUUGCCCGCCGAAACCAGGUACUGUGGAUGAGCUCUGCUACCGCUUCUCAGACUGCGCCAGCUGCACGGCAAACACCAACGGGUGCCAGUGGUGCGACGACAAGAAGUGUAUCUCAUUAUACACUAACUGUACUCUUAACGUGAGGAACUUCACCGCCUGCCCCGUGCGCAACGAGCGGAUGUGCAACAAGCUGGCCAACUGCAAGAGCUGCUCGCUGAAUCUCAACUGUCACUGGGACCUGAACCAGUCCGAGUGCCACGCUCUGCCCGCCCAGCAGUGCAGCGAGGGUUGGAGUCAGGUGGGCGAGGCCUGCCUGCGGAUCAACUCCAGCCGCGAGAGCUACGACAACGCCAAGCACUACUGUAAAAAUCUCCAUGGCAACAUCGCCUCGCUCACCUCCGCCAAGCAGGUGGACUUUGUUCUGGAUGAGCUGAAGAAGCUGCAGCAGCAGGACAAGCGUUUGUCGCCCUGGGUGGGCCUGAGGAAGAUCAACGUGUCGUACUGGGGCUGGGAGGACAUGUCACCUUUCACCAACAGCAGCCUGCGCUGGCUGCCCGGCGAGCCCAGCGACUCGGGUUUCUGCGCCUACCUGGAGGAGCCGCAGGUGUCGGGCCUCCGGGCCAACCCGUGCACGGCCACCGCGCACGGCCUCAUAUGCGAAAAAGCCACGGGAAACCGCAAUCAGGGCUCCCCCCUCCCCUGCAAGAAGCCGUGCUCGCUGCACACCACCUGUGCCAACUGCACCAAUCAGGCCAUGGAGUGCAUGUGGUGCAGCAGCGCGCGGCGCUGCGUGGACUCCACCGCCUAUGUCAUCUCCUUCCCGUACGGCCAGUGUCUGGAGUGGCAGACGGGAGACUGCCUGGCCCAGAAUUGCUCAGGUAUGCGGACGUGCGGCCAGUGCCUGGAGCAGCCCGAGUGCGGCUGGUGCGGCGACCCCAGCAGCACGGGCAAGGGCCUGUGCACGGAGGGCUCGUACAGGGGGCCCAUGAAGAGGCCGGCCAAGCAGGGGCAGGCCCACGACAUGAGCCUGGAGCCGGGCAUCUGCCCCAAAGAAAGAGGCCACGAGUGGUCCUUCAUUCAUUGCCCCGCGUGCCAGUGUAACGGCCACAGCACGUGCGUGAACGGCAGCGUGUGCGAGCAGUGCCGCAACCUGACCACGGGUCUUCAAUGUCAGACCUGCAUAGCCGGUUACCACGGCGACCCCACCAACGGCGGCAAAUGCCAAGCCUGUAAGUGCAACGGCCAUGCGAGUAUGUGCCAGGUGCUAACUGGCAAGUGCUUCUGCACCACCAAGGGCAUCAAAGGGGACCAGUGCCAGCUGUGUGACUCAGAAAACCGUUACCUUGGCAAUCCACUCAGGGGAACCUGUUAUUACAACCUGCUGAUCGACUACCAGUUCACCUUUAGUCUCAUCCAAGAAGACGAUAAUCACUACACGGCCAUCAACUUCAUGGCUUCACCUGAGCAGGCCAACAAGAACUUGGACAUGUCGAUUAAUGCCUCCAACAACUUCAACCUCAACAUCACCUGGUCUGUGGGAUCAACAGCUGGCACCAUCUCAGGCGAGGAGGUGCCCAUCGUGUCCAAGACCAACAUCAAGGAAUACCGAGACAGUUUCUCCUGUGAGAAGUUUACCUUCAGGAGCAACCCCAACAUCACCUUCUACGUCUACGUCAGUAACUUCUCAUGGCCCAUCAAGAUUCAGAUUGCCUUUUCCCAACACAACAGCAUCAUGGACCUUGUGCAGUUCUUUGUGACCUUUUUCAGUUGUUUUCUGUCACUGCUCCUGGUGGCGGCGGUGGUGUGGAAGAUCAAGCAGACUUGCUGGGCAUCGCGACGGCGAGAACAACUGAUGAGGGAGCGCCAACAAAUGGCCAGUCGUCCUUUUGCGUCCGCUGCCGUCGUGCUGGACGCUCGGGGAAGAGAACAAACAGAGAUGCUUCAACCGAUGGCCGACGGCGCGCCAAAACCCGUUGCCAUGGAGCCGUGUUCCGGAGGCAAAGCUGCCGUGUUGACGGUCCUCAUGCGGCUGCCGUCGGGACCCGCCAACUCGCCUCCGCCCGGCCAGUCGGGCCUGAUCGUCGCCAGCGCACUGAUCGACAUUUCCCAGCAGAAAGCGGGCGAUUUCAAGGAGAAAUCGCUGGCGUUCAAGAACCGAAAGGCCCCGGCGCCGACGCAUCAGGGCACCUGCGUUUGAGGCCCGUCUUUUGCGCUCUCUUGGGCCCCAGCCGCCGCAGGUUCCCGGCGGGCGACCUUCCCUUGCCGAGAGGCGGACGGCGGCCCGUCGGGCUCUGACUGUCAAAUUCCAGGGGAGAGAAACGGAGAACCCUCGAGCGCAUCCGGACUUGACUUUUCCCGCGACCGAGGACCUCGGGAACCGCGGGAGCGCAAAGCUGCAAACGGAGGACUUUUGUUUCAAGCUUCACUCGUUUGUAUUUCAGCUCCCCCGUGUCCUUUGGCUCGGGACGAGUCCAAGGAAGCUAAUCGCUACGCAGGUCAUUUGCAGCUAAAGCUGGUCGACGCCUGUUACGUGCUGCUUGUUUGUUGUUGUUGUUGUUGUUGUUGGGUUUUUUUUUUUUUUUGCACGGCCACAAGUGUUUUCACGGUGCUAAAAGCUCCUGCGGUUCGCCGCCCGAAGGAACUCCGCGCGCGACACCGGCACCCGAUAAGUCUGGUCUUAGUAUUUCACGUAACACAGCAAACUGGAAAAUGUCCGCCCUGUGUUGGGGUUUGCUUGGCUUUUGCGUCGCUUUUGUGACAGUGGGCGACGUAACGCGCUUGAAGCAAGGACAUUCUGCUCCGGGCGGACUUUGUUUUUCUACGACUCUAUCCCACCGUUGUUACCUUUUGUAUUGCCGGACCAGAGCGGAGGGAGGGAGGGUCGAAUUCUCCGAGCUGUACAGUGUUUGCUUUUGAACAAACGUCACGCUCGGCUCUUGAUAUUUCCUGUCGUUUGUCCGCUUUGUAAAACAGAUUGGGCCAGAUAUUUUCAUUUAUCCCUUAUUAUAUUUACGGCACAAUUGUGAAGAAGAGCUUCUCUGUUGAUGUUUUGAUAUUUAACGCGAUUCCUGUGUAAUAGCACAUUUCAGUGAUUUUUUUUUUUACUGCUUUUUGUUUUUUUAAACCCCUCGGGCAUUGUCAUCGCGGAAACGGUCACUGUGUUGCAUCUCUUAAGAGCCGAGUUUGUAAGCUAAUGUGUUCCUUAUUGUGUGUGUGUUUGUAUCGUGCUCAUCUGACAUGGUGUCAUUAUGCAGGAAUCGGGGUCUCGCUGGAAACAGAAAUGAAAAGAAAAAAAAAGGCAAGAGAUGAGAGGCGGCCUGCCAGUCAUCAUCGAUGUAUUUUUUGGAUGAAGGACAUGAUGGAAUAUUAAAAAGAGAAAAGAAGAA